AUGGACUUCUUCCGUGCCUGCUGCACCGUCGCUGAGAGCUCCAGUGCUUUCGAGAUGUUGACCGAGGCUUCCCCUUCAGCUCCUGUGACCGUGGCCGAGGUCAUCGAGGUCCAGGCCAAGUGGGCAGCCGCGAUUGCCAAUAUCUCCAAGGUGCACAAGCAAGGCGGCGAUUUCAUCAAGGCUGCUGCUGAAGCCGCUGGCGAGCUGUACGCCUACGGCCAUUCGAACGUGAUGUUCAAGCCCACCAAAGCUGCAGAGUUCCGAUUCCGCCCCACCGCCGAGGAGGCCAUGUCCUACUUCGUCGGUGGCAACGUUGUUGAGGGUGGCUACAAGGAGGACGGCGGUUUCGCCAUCAACGGUGGCAAGGGCUGGGCUUCUUGCGUGUACAACAACCACCAGGUGCAGCUGAAGGGUGGCGUCGGCCUUGCCAUGGGCACCUACGACUUCACUUGUGCCACCACCGGCAGCGUGUCCACUGUCGAGUACACUUUCGGGUAUUCUCGCUGCGGCGAUGGUAAGGUGCGCAUUUUCCUUCACCAUUCUUCGGUCCCUUUUGCCGCGGCUCCUGCGAAGUCUUUGGCUGGAAAGUCUGCGCCCGUGACCGGGGCCGAGGUAAUGGAGGUCCAGGCCAAGUGGGCAGCCGCGAUUGCCAAUAUCUCCAAGGUGCACAAGCAAGGCGGCGAUUUCAUCAAGGCUGCUGCUGAAGCCGCUGGCGAGUUGUACGCCUACGGCCAUUCGAACGUGAUGUUCAAGCCCACCAAAGCUGCAGAGUACAGAUUCCGCCCCACCGCUGAGGAGGCCAUGUCCUACUUCGUGGGUGGCAAUGCUGUUCAGGGUGGCUACAAGGAGGACGGCGGUUUCGCCAUCAACGGUGGCAAGGGCUGGGCUUCUUGCGUGUACAACAACCACCAGGUGCAGCUGAAGGGUGGCGUCGGCCUUGCCAUGGGCACCUACGACUUCACUUGUGCCACCACCGGCAGCGUGUCCACUGUCGAGUACACUUUCGGGUAUUCUCGCUGCGGUGAUGGUAAGGUGCGCAUCUUCCUUCAUCAUUCUUCGGUUCCUUUUGCCGCAGCUCCUGCAACCAAGUCUGCACCUGUUCGGGAGGAUGAGGUUCUGGAGGUACAAGCCAAGUGGGCGGGCGCGAUUGCCAAAAUCUCCAAGGUCCACCAGGAAGGCGGCGACUUCAUCAAGGCUGCUGCUGAAGCCGCUGGCGAGCUGUACGCCUACGGCCACGGUGAUGUGAUGUUCAAGCCCACCAAAGCUGCAGAGUACCGAUUCCGCCCCACCGCCGAGGAGGCCAUGUCCUACUUCGUCGGUGGCAACGUUGUUGAGGGUGGCUACAAGGAGGACGGCGGUUUCGCCAUCAACGGUGGCAAGGGCUGGGCUUCUUGCGUGUACAACAACCACCAGGUGCAGCUCAAGGGUGGCGUCGGCCUUGCCAUGGGCACCUACGACUUCACUUGUGCCGCCACCGGCAGCGUGUCCACUGUCGAGUACACUUUCGGGUAUGCUCGCUGCAGCGAUGGUAAGGUGCGCAUUUUCCUUCAUCAUUCCUCGGUUCCUUUUGCCGCAGCUCCUGCCACGAAGUCUGUGGCUGGAAAGCCUGCUGGGGCCGAGGUGAGCGCAAAAUUGGCUGGCGCAUGA